UUGUCAAACGUUGCUAAGGAAGUCGCUCGGCUACUUGUUACGUGUACUUUACACACACGGGGUGAUUAUACGAUAGUUAACGGGGCAAUACCUGUCUGGUUUCCUAUGUUAAUGACGGAUUAACGAUAGCAAGAAUGUAUUUCUUGCUGUUGAACAGGUGAAUAGUUUGGUUUUUCGGCGUAUGCCGAGUUAGUUUAGCGAGGACCGUGUUAGCCUAGCCGCACUGCUAACCGGCCACAGAUAGUUUCGAGAGAAUGAAACAGGCUGACAUUUUAAAAAUCAGACAGGGAUGACGGAGAACGGAGACAGUGUAAGGCCGGGCAACCGCAGCCCGGCGCCGGUCGCCAGUGACGGUCGAACGCCCAAGGCCCCCUCGGCGGACCGCAAAAUGUGCAAGGAGUUCAACAACGUCCUCAAACUGCAGCAGGCUGCGCGGAACGCGGCGGGAGAUAGCCCGUACCAGCCUCGGCCGCCCUCGCUGCCCAGCAAGUGGAAAGGCAAGAUGCCGGAGGAGAGCGUCCGCGCCCGGAGGCUGCGAUCUAGCCAGGAGAGCCUGAGCGACCCAGUGGGCUCGUCCACGGAUUCGCUCAAGGAAGUAGCUUCCCCUACAAGCGAGGCCAUCGUAACAUCUCCCGGGUUGUUUCGCGAAAGAGGCAGCAGUCUAUCCGAUUGCGAGCGCAGCUCGACCACCGUGCCGCGGAGCGACCCAUCGGAGCUUCGGCUGCGGUCCUCCAGGGUGCGCCUGUCGCCGGUGCAGCCCACCUCGGCGCCGCUGCCCGCCCUGGGGCACAACUUCGUUUCGGCCGCUCUGAGGGCCGCUAAUAAGAUUGACAAGGACUGCUCGGAUUACGCCUCCAGGAGGAGUGCCCAGAGGCUGCUGCACAGGAACCUGAGCGAGGGCGACGCCGGUUCGGAUAGCCUGUCUGUCAACUCCAUGAGGUCCACCGGCAGCGUGUUGAGCCCCAUUAAACCCCAGGAAGUCAGAAACAGGAGCUUUCUGGAAGGAGGCGGGCUUGGCAGCGGUGCCCUGCUGGGGGUGGAGGAGCUUCAGCGCUACUUCCCUGAUCGGAGGCUCGGAGUCUACGUGGUCACAUGGAACAUGCAGGGAGAGAAGGGCCUUCCUUCCAACCUUGACGACCUCCUCCUUCCAACCGACUCAGAAUAUGCACAAGACUUUUACAUUAUCGGAGUGCAGGAAGGAUGUCCUGACAGGCGGGAGUGGGAGACACGCCUCCAGGAAUCUCUGGGUCCACACUACGUCAUGCUGUACGCGGCGUCUCACGGCGUUCUGUACCUCAGCGCCUUCAUCCGCAGAGACCUGAUCUGGUUCUGCUCCGAGGUGGAACACGCUACCGUCACCACCAGGAUCAUCUCGCAGAUCAAGACCAAAGGGGCCGUGGCUGUGGCUUUCACCUUCUUUGGCACGUCCUUCCUCUUCAUCACGUCACACUUCACCUCUGGAGAUGCCAAGGUGUAUGAGAGGAUUUUGGACUACAACAAGAUCGUGGAGGCAUUGGCGCUUCCCAAGGGACUCCCCGAUACCAACCCUUACAGAUCAACGUCAUCUGACGUCACCACGAGGUUCGACCAGGUCUUCUGGUUCGGAGACUUCAACUUCCGUCUGGGUCACGAGCGGGCCAGCGUAGAGAGUAUUAUCAAGAGAACGUCUGGGGACGACAUGGACGCCCUGAUGGAGCACGACCAGCUAUCCAAGGAGAUGAAAGACGGUUCAAUCUUCAAAGGCUUCCAGGAGGCCAACAUCCACUUCCCACCUACGUACAAGUUCGACAUUGGCAGCGACGUGUACGACAGCAGCGCCAAACAGAGGACGCCGUCGUACACCGACAGGAUCUUGUUCCGGACCAGGUACGCAGACGACAUCCACGUGCUGAAAUACGCCAGCUGCUCCAGCAUAAAGACCUCGGACCACCGGCCCGUCAUCGGCAUCUACCACGUCAAACUAAAGGCGGGCCGAGACACUAUUCCGUUGGGAGCGGGCCAGUUUGACCGCAGCCUGUAUUUGGAGGGCAUCAAGAGGAGGAUCAGCAGGGAGCUGAAGAUGAGGGAGACCAUGAAGAACCAAAGCAGCGUGUGUGUCAUUUCGUGAAACACCCUCAAAACCACAGACUGGACCUCAGCGCCACCUACUGGUCAGAACGAGGAGCACUCGAGGGCAGGAACCUCGACAUGCCCGUAACUCAAAGUCAGUAUUAAUGGAAUGCCUUGGGACAUUUGUGGAACAACUAGCACAUUACUAAAAUCGGUUUUAGAUGCUACUGCAAAGAACAGAUUUCUUUUGUUUGUUUACCCCCAUGAGCAGCUGCUAUAUUCGCUUUCAUCUUUUUAUUCCAAGGAUUUUUUGUGUGUGGUCCUAACCAGAUGCCUUACACCAGGGGUUCUCAAAAUGAUAUGAUAAAUGAUGCCAAGUGCAUACCUUUGUGGAGUUAGCCUAAAACCCAGACCCUUGCCUGUAUAAUAUUACUUGUAUUACCACAACUUGUCCACGUAGUGAAACACUUAGUCGUUUCUAUGAAAGAAGUGCCUGGACGAAUCUCCUCAGGAUUUUUUUUUUCUACAGAAGCACCACAAUAAACGUUUUUUUUUUUUU